AUUCGUGGAGCCAAUGGAACCGGUCAGCGGUUAGCGUCGCUAUGAGAUGCAUGCGUGCAGCCCUGCUCCAAUGUAUGCUCUGCCUCAGCGUGGAACUAACCAGGCAAGAACCUUUAGACUUCGAGUCCAUUCUGCCAGAGAAUCCUGCCGAGUACGACAGCCUUGAUCCUCCAAAAGAAAACGGGAAACCUACCGUAGUCAGCUUCCACGUCACGGUGCUCAGCUUGGAUUCUAUCGACGAAGGAUCAAUGACGUACGUGGCGGACAUCUUCAUGUCGCAGACGUGGCGGGACCACCGGCUUCGGCUGCCACGGAACAUGACGGCCAAGUACCGCCUUCUGCCCGUCAGCUGGUUGCAGCGAAUGUGGAGGCCCGACACGUUCUUCAAGAACGCCAAGGGCGUCACGUUUCAAGAGAUGACCAUCCCCAACCACUACAUAUGGCUCUACGCGGACAGGCGCAUCCUGUACAUGGUCAAGUUGACCCUUUUGCUGUCAUGUGCAAUGAAGUUCGAGACCUACCCUCACGACACCCAGAUAUGCUCGAUGAAGAUUGAGAGCAUCUCGUACACGACAGACGACCUGGUGUUCGCGUGGGAGGACGAAGUGCCCCUCGUUGUGGACGAAUCCAUCGAGCUGCCCCAGCAUAACUUGGUCUCAACAACAAUGGGAGACUGCACGCAGCUGUACUCGACCGGCAACUUCACCUGCAUCCAGCUGGUGUUCACGCUCAAGCGACGGCUGGGUUACUACAUGUUCCACACGUACAUUCCGACCUGCCUCAUCGUCAUCAUGUCCUGGAUCUCUUUCUGGAUCAAGCCCGAGGCUGUGCCGGCCAGGGUCACCCUGUGCGUCACCAGCCUGCUCACGCUGUCCACGCAGCACGCCCAGUCGCAGAAAUCCCUUCCGCCGGUGUCCUACAUAAAGGCCAUCGACAUCUUCAUGUCGUCCUGUACAGUGUUCGUGUUUGCGUCACUCAUGGAGUACGCGCUCGUCAACAUCCUGAUGGGCGAGACGGAGGGUGACGAAGGGGCUCGUCGCAGGAGCAUCCGGAGCGUCGUCAUUUCGCCGCGAAUACCGGAGAACAACGCUCUACCCAACGGAACCAAAGUUCCCAAGCCGCCCGAAACGAUUGCCGGAGAGUGCCGGCAGAGGGCGAUGCUUGUCGACAAGAUCAGUCGCAUCGUGUUCCCGACAUCGUUCGUCCUGUUAAACUGCGUCUAUUGGUCCCUGUACAUCGACUCCUGAGGAGCGCACUUCAGCGACACACCUGUCGUGGUCGCGCCACUUCACAAUGGCAUUCAUCACUUGACACCAAUCAACGAUACCCAAGCUGAUCUCGGUGCCGUUGGCCCGCGCUGAAAUAAUGAAUGAUACCGAAGAACCACUCGCAGGAAAUUUCCGCGAGAUAUCUGCAUGCUUGUUAGUAGCUGUUUUCAGCAGCAGCAACAGAGCGUAUUUCGCCAUUCUCUUGUUGAUAUUUUCCCGCGAACUGUAUAUAGCAAAGUGAACGCGGUAAUCGCCUUAUGCUGAUGUGGGAGUGUUAAAUACGCGUGCCUACAGGACUGAGAAACUUUGUUCCCGGUGCUUGUGGACGACUGGGUGAUGGGAGUUUUCGGAGAACGAGAAGACAUGUCUUUCUUCUGUAUCGCUACUCAGGAAAGAAGCUCUUCGACAGCCAGAUUUUCUUGCAUCUCUGGGAAGACCAAUGUGAAAAUGUGCCGGUACGUUCGGUGAUUCAUUCCUUACUAUUCGGCGGCCUACAGCAAUGUCAGGGGUACCAUUUUAGAAUGGUAUAAGCUGCACUUACGUUGUACACCGAUGUGUUUUGUUGUUAGACGUCGAGUAAGUGCAAAACAACUUGA